AUGUUCAUCUUCCCAGUGGAAGAGGACUCGUGGCUUUUCCGCUCGUGUCUGUACUACGGCAUCCUCGUACUGCUUGCAGAGCUCUUCGUGCCGCUUGUCUUCCACCGCCGCGUGCGCUUCGAGAUCCCUCAGCUCGUGCUGCCUACACCGGCAGUUCCUCUGCCUCCUCGCGUCUUCCGACAGCGUCGACGGAAACUGCAGCAACAAGUAGCAGCGCUGCAACGGGCUCUGGCCGAGACACCGCGUCUGUCUCCGCAGGAAAAGAGGCACUAUUUGAGAAGGAGUGCUACAAAAAGACGAUUAGCAGCAGCAGCGGCUUCUCCGUCUUUUGUUACGUCGUCCGGAUUGGGUACUCCAGGGCGUUCAUUGGAGGUGAAGGGACCAAGACCUUUCCACGAAACUGAGUGGACGACUGAAAGUGUAGGAGAGGAAGACGAAGAUCGAUGCAGAUUAUGGACGAAGAACAAGGAGCGUUCAUCACCAUUUGCUGCCGAUUUGGUGCACAAGUCGAGUCCUUCACCUAUGGCCAUGAGUCAUUUCUUUCGAGCGACUCGCGCAGCUCGACAAGGCGGCUUCUCGUUUCACGAAGCAAUUGAGGAAGGAAAAGCUGGUGAUGUGGUAGCGGCGAGUGGUCGCAAGGAGCCGAACGAUAGGAAGCAAGUUAUGGAUGGAAGGAGAGCGGGAUGGAAGGAAUCGCCGACUUUUUCGAGACAAAGACCCGUGCGGUUGGUGUCAGAAGAUGCCGAACGCGUCGGGUAUACCGGAUCUGGUGAGGCCGUUACGCAAUUGGAGGCACUGAUUCGAGUGCGCCGAAGACAGCAAGCCAAUACUCGACAUUCGAAGCAAGCUCCUUUGUCCCGUUCAGGUAGAGUUGCUUUGUUAGCACCAGCAGAGAAACUGGCAGAGCGCUCUGCUACCUAUGAGGCCGAGCCGACAGCGUGCGGAGCCUUACCUACUAUGGCAAGACAGCUCCGCGAAGGCAAUGUCAUGGAAGAUAAUGUGGGAAAGGAAAAAGCAAGGCACAUUGGCACUUCAUCUCUGUUAAGACGGCAAAGUGAAAAAGGGGGUACGGUCGAAGAGGCGGAAACGAAGGAGAUGGAGCAAGCCGAACCACUCACUGCCUUCCAGGUAUUUUGCGAAUCGUUUGCAGCUGGCGGCUCAGCAGCAGCCCGACAAGCUGUGGCAAAGCGAAAGCAUUGCGAGGCUUUCGAAGCAACUGAUACGCACAUGUAUGGUAGUUCCACGGCAGCCCUACAAUUCUACAAUAGCGCUAAACGUCCACGAAAUACGGUGCGAUCAUCGAAGCAAUCACAUAGCAAGAAUGAUACGGCUGCAACACCGCACAGCGUCGAUGAACGCUUGAAUGACAACAAAGGGGUGACCAAUGCUGCGGUGUCGACUCAUCGGGUCCUGGAGAAGCGCAAGCAUGACCAAGCGUUUGGAACGGCUGCAGUGCAGGAACGGCUAAGUGAUAAGACACCUCGGAUUGUAAGGCGCAUCUCAUUCGAUGAUGACGCAGACACACUGGCAGCUACAAGUUUGGAAAAUUAUUCGGUGCAACGGUCGAAUGGUAAACGCAAGAAGACACUCGACAUCGUAGAUGAUGACGACGAGGAUGCUGAGUGGCGUGAGUCCCUUGCUUUCCAGCCUCGUCAGUUGGGGUAA